AUGAUUAUAUUAUUACUUUCAAUUAUUAUUUUUAUUUUAUAUAUUGUAAAAAUUUUUAAAAAUAAAUCAUGUUGUGGUAAUGAAAUUAUAUUACCACCUGGACCAAUUAGUUUACCAUUUAUUGGUAAUUUACAUCAAUUAGCAAUUGAUCCACAUUUAGCAAUUCAAAAACUUAUGUUUAAAUAUGGAAAUGUUAUGACAGUUUAUUUCGCAAAUAUUAAAACUGUUGUAAUAUCCGAUCCAAAUUAUUUAAAAGAAGUAUUUGUAAAUCAAUCACAUAAAACCAGUGAUAGAUAUUUAAUGGGUACAUCUAGAAUCAUUGGUAAUGAAAAAGAUAUACUCUUUUCAAAUGGUCAAUAUUGGAAAAACUAUAGACAAAUCUUGGCUCAAUCAUUCUUAAAACUUAGAGACCAUAAAGGUAUUACCGAAAAGAUUUCAUUGGAAUCUGUAAAGUUAUCACAAGCAUUUGAAUGGUAUGCCACCUCUGGUCAAGUGGUUAACCCAUGCUCACUAUUCAAAAUGUAUACAUUAAAUGUUAUAAUGCAAUUACUUUAUUCCCAUCGUUCUUCUUACGAUUUAAAAGGACAACAUCCAAUAAUUGAUGCAUUAAAAAUGGUUGAAGAAUCAUUAGCUGUUGGAAAUGUACUCGAUCUAUUUCCAAUUUUAAAUAUUUUCUUAAAGAAAAAUAAAUUAAAAUUAGUUAAUAAUUUACAACAAGUUUGGUCAUAUAGUCAAGAUUCAAUUAAAGAACAUAGAGAAAAAUUAUUAAUAAAUCCUGAAAAAAUUGAUGAUUUAUUAGAUUUAUUUAUUAAUGAAAUUAAAUUAAGUAAAAAUUCAGAAUUUUUUGAUGAUGAAGGAUUGUAUAGAGUUUGUUCAGAUUUAUUAUUAUCAGGAACUGAAACUUCGUCAUCAACAAUGUCAUGGUUAUUAUUAUUUUUAAUUAAUAAUCCAAAUUUUCAAGAUAAAGUUAGAACUGAACUUUUGGAAGCAACUGGUGGUAAGAAAACAAUUGGAUUAACAGAGAAAUCAAAAACACCUUUUUUCAAUGCAUGUAUUAAAGAAGCAUUACGUAUUAGACCAGUUGGUGCAUUAUCAUUACCAAGAAUUGCAAGUGAAGAUGUAACUUGCGGGCCAUAUACCAUCGAAAAGGGUAGUCAAAUAAUAAUGAAUGUUUAUGGUUUAGCUAUGGAUCCAACAGUUUGGGAAGAUCCUGAAACUUUUAAUCCAUAUAGAUGGUUAUCAAGUGAUAUCUCUCAAUCAACUUACUCUUUCAUUCCAUUUGGUUGUGGUUCAAGAGUAUGUGUUGGUUCAUCAUUAGCAAGAGAUGAAAUUUUCUUGGGAAUCGGUAAUAUUUUAUUAAAUUAUAUUUUCGAAUCUCAAAAUGGUAAACCAAUCAAUGAAAAAGGUCAUUUUGGUAUUGCUUUACAAACUGUUGAUUAUAAUGUAAAAUUAACUAAAAUUUAA